AUGUAUGCCUGGGAGCAGUCUUUUGCUAAACUGGUGGCCACCGCUAGAUUGAAUGAGGUCCUUGGCAUACAAAGGGCCCUUUUUCUGAAUGCUUUCAAUUUGUCUGUAUAUUUGGCGGCCCCCCGGAUAAUACUGUUUGCAUGUUUUAUGGCAUACGUGUUAACCGGGAACCUAUUGACCGCAAAAGCGGUGUUCAUUACAAUGGCUCUGUUCAACACUCUUAAGACUACUUCGAUGACACUGUUUCCCUACGCCAUCGCCCAAUGGGCUGAACUAACGGUGUCGUGCUCUCGCAUCCAGACAUUCUUAGAAUUGGGGGAAAUGGAGCCUAAAACAUAUAACACUAUAGGUUUUGGUGAUUUAGCUGCCUCCCCCAAAACAAAUGCAAAACCAAAAAGUUCACUAAUCAUGUCUAUACUUAAUGAGCUACCGGUGCUCGAGGGAAGUAUACAAACGGUGGGCACCAUUAGCUAUGCCUCUCAGGAGGCCUGGAGUUUCAAUAAUAGCGUCAGAAAUAACAUACUGUUAGGCAGUGAAUACGAUGAGCAC